AUUCGGUAGAAGCGGAGUCAGUGAGUGAGAGGAGCGAUGGGAGCGGGAACGGGCCUCUCCGCGAGCCGUCGUCCUUCCUACUGACUGGCUCGGUCGGUAGUAAUAACAUCUCGGGUUUGUAUGGCGUUUGCCACAGUGCAAAGCGCCUCGCGUAUAGUGUCUCUUGAUCCUCCUGAAAGUCCUGUGAGAUGGAGCUGGAAGAGGGGAAGGCAGGCAGUGGACUUCGUCAAUAUUAUCUGUCCAAGAUUGAAGAACUCCAGCUGAUUGUGAAUGAUAAGAGCCAAAACCUCCGGAGGCUGCAGGCACAGAGAAAUGAGCUAAAUGCAAAAGUUCGCCUGUUGCGGGAGGAGCUACAGCUGCUGCAGGAACAGGGUUCCUAUGUAGGGGAAGUAGUUCGAGCCAUGGAUAAGAAGAAAGUGUUAGUCAAGGUGCAUCCUGAGGGCAAGUUUGUCGUAGAUGUAGACAAGAACAUUGACAUCAAUGAUGUGACACCCAAUUGCCGAGUGGCUCUAAGAAAUGACAGCUACACUCUGCACAAGAUCCUACCCAACAAGGUGGACCCACUGGUGUCACUGAUGAUGGUGGAGAAAGUGCCAGACUCAACUUACGAGAUGAUUGGUGGAUUGGACAAGCAGAUCAAGGAGAUCAAAGAAGUGAUUGAGCUGCCUGUUAAGCAUCCUGAGCUCUUUGAAGCACUGGGCAUUGCACAGCCCAAGGGAGUGCUGCUGUAUGGACCCCCAGGCACUGGGAAGACACUGCUGGCCCGGGCUGUGGCUCAUCAUACGGACUGUACCUUCAUUCGUGUCUCUGGCUCUGAACUGGUACAGAAAUUCAUCGGGGAAGGGGCGAGAAUGGUGAGGGAGCUGUUUGUCAUGGCGCGAGAACAUGCUCCAUCUAUCAUCUUCAUGGAUGAAAUUGACUCCAUUGGCUCCUCGAGGCUGGAAGGGGGUUCUGGAGGGGACAGUGAAGUGCAGCGCACAAUGCUGGAGCUACUUAACCAACUGGAUGGCUUUGAGGCCACCAAGAAUAUCAAGGUUAUCAUGGCUACUAAUAGAAUUGAUAUCCUGGAUUCAGCGCUGCUUCGCCCAGGGCGCAUCGACAGAAAAAUUGAAUUCCCACCCCCCAAUGAGGAGGCCCGACUGGACAUUCUGAAGAUCCAUUCUCGGAAAAUGAACCUGACCCGGGGGAUCAACCUGAGAAAAAUUGCUGAGCUCAUGCCUGGAGCAUCAGGAGCUGAAGUGAAGGGUGUGUGCACAGAAGCUGGCAUGUAUGCCUUGCGGGAACGGCGAGUUCAUGUCACCCAGGAGGACUUUGAGAUGGCAGUAGCCAAGGUCAUGCAGAAGGAUAGCGAGAAAAACAUGUCCAUCAAGAAACUAUGGAAGUGAGCAGACGUCUUUUGUGUGGAUCCCUCAAAUAAAGCUGUGGGACAAGCCC